GAAGUGGGCCGCAUCUUCGGGGUUCGGACACUCAAUUGCUGCCCUCUUCGUUGCCGGCCUGCCUUGCUGAAAGCCCCCAGACCCAAUUACGGGGACGACGAAACGCACGAGACGUAUUGUGUUGUGCAGUUAGGCAACCCCAUCGAGGCUCAACAACUCAACAUUCGUAUGCCCUUGUCCUGGCUCCGGCAGUUACUCUCCUGCAGCUCCAGACCACUCUCUGUCUGUGCUUAUGUGGUUAGUUGGGUUUGCGAGUUUAACCCACUUUCCUGCUCCGCAUCCGCGGGAAGCCUGGAAAGGAGCGGAAAAGAGACGAACAGUCCGUCCGUCUUUCCUGCUCUAGAAUCGCUCGAAUGGCGACCGGGUGGCAGCCGAGAAAGUCGGCCUCCUCUCCUACAAGGAUUUGGCCCUCGCAUGGCAGAGAGUCGCUUCGGCCAUCGUUACUAUAUAAAGAUGCUUUUAUCAGUUGAUGUGCGGCUCUCUCCCUCUCUUUUUAUCUCCCCUUUUCUCGCCUCACGCCCGUCCCUCCUCUCAGACUCCGGUGAGAUGACCUCACCACCUACUGCGCCCGGCUCACCACCACCGCCGCCUCAAUACCCAUGCUUCUUGGUGUCACGCAGCCCGAAAGAUCCCGAAUUCGAUGCGAAUGAGGCAAGAAAGCGCCGAUUGCGUCGAGAGACCAAGCGAAGAAGUGGAUUGGCCUCUGGCAACGGAUGUGGAGACGAUAAGAUGGUGGUGGUUGUGGUAGAGGGGGAGGAGGAAGAGGCCGGAGUAGAAGAGGAGGAAGAACAGAGGAGGCAAAAUGACGGAGUCUGCAAGGAUGGGGCCGUGGGUGAUGCACAUCGCAGGCUGCGAGGCCUUGGCACCAAAGGGACCGUUGAGCCAGAACGUAAAGAAAGCGCGGGGGCUGGCGAUGGCUCCUCGAUCAAAUUAGGUCGAGGUAUGGGGCAAGACUCGCCGAUUAUCGGCUCAGAAGCCGGCCAACAAGCGUCAACGUACAAAGAGUUACUUUUGAUCUUAAUGCUGUGUCUUCAAGUCCACUUGAUGUUUGCACAAAGUUUAAAAAUGAGUACUUUCUGGUUUUUCAAAGAAGAAUCUAUCCCUAGGUCCAAUAAGAUGUUGAAGGGCUGA